AUGCGAGGUACCAAAGUUCAACACAGCAUCAGAUCAUCGCCUCUUUCGAGGAAGAUUUUCCUUUACGCGCAAAGGAGAAAGCCGCAGGACUCACGGAACGAAGUCCCAGAACCAUCUGGACUGCAAAUUCUUCGUGUCGCUAUUCGUCUCUCGCGAAAAUACCACAAUAUCGACGAUGAACAUGAUCGGCUUGUGAUACGUCUCCACAACUUUACAAGGAAAGUGAAGAGUUUUAAAACUACAAGUAGAUGUUCGUCCCCCAAAAUUCCUGAACUAGUAUCCCCACGUGGAGCUGUACGAGUUGUGGGCAAACAUUUCCGAGCUUGGAAGGGUUUUGCAGAAGGCGAUGAAGGAAGAAGGAAGGGAAAAGGGCGAAGCUGCAAGGUUGGGAAAAAGCAUUCAGUAUGA